AUGGCCGAUUAUUCGCACCGCGCAGUCGAGCUAACCGGGGGUGCGCGUGUGUGUCAUUGCUUUUUGGCGACCACCAACGGGUUUACCCUGUUGGCAAUCAAUGACCUUGCUAAGCUGGAUGAUUUACAUAAGCAGGGGGCGGUAGUGCGGAGAGAUAGUGUCAAAAGGAAGUACACAAAGGGGAAUAUGGAGUAUAUGCCGAAGGAAAAGAGAUAUGGUGACAAUGACGUUGCAGGGGAACGAAGAAGCAAAAAAAGAGAAAAUCAAUCCCCGCACCAGCCAACUAAAAGCCGUUAUCACGGGUACAUUUUCUUGCUUUCUCCACAUCCAGCAUGCCCAUAUCUUACUCUACGGGGGGAGACCGCAUCCACUCAAUCAACCAUCUUGCGCCGCAAAAAGAAAGGCGCAAUCCCUCCAUUCGGACCCCUUGUCCCCAAGGGAUCGACUCGCCUCCACCCAUUCUCCAAUAUCCGGCUUUGCCAAAAUGACCCACCAUCAACUACUUAG